AUGGAGGACGCUACAGUGCUCAAAGAUGUGGGCAACUCGGAGGCCAAAUCAAGAGAUUCCGCGCCGCUGAAAACAUUCGUGCGGCGACGAAACACAAAGGCCGGCAUCGGCGCCAACGCGACCAGCACGGCCGCUGCCCCUGCUGCAUCCCAAGUGGAAGCUGCCACACCUGUGCACAGCGCCCUGGGCGCACCGACCACCCCUGCCAGCGCGGCGACGCCCCCAGACACCCCCUCCACAGAUGGCAGCAGGUGGUCGCCCGGCAGCGACGAGCUCGUCGGCGGCGGCGGCGGCGCCCCGCGGGCACGGCGCAGCUCGUUGAUGCCGGGCGCCGCGCUGCCGGGCGGCGCCGGGUGGCGCGACGAGGCGCCGGGGACGCGGCUGCUGCAGGGGUGGCGGGUGCGGGGCAUGUCCUCUGCCAGGCGGGCGGCUCUGCACAAGUACCUGAUGCAAAUGGCGGCCCACUUUGCAGAGGUGGAUGCCUUUGAGUUGGUUGAAGAGGACGAGGAUGAAGAGCCUCAGGAGCGGCAGGCGGCACGCGGCGCCGCCGACGCCCCCAUGCCAGCAGACGCGGCGGAGGCGGCAGCUCAGGGGCCGGCACCGGCGGCGCCGCCGCUCCUGGCAGCAACUACGCCCGUGCACGCGCAGCUACAGGGCGCCAGAAACUCGGGCCUCCUGGCGGAGACGCCAAUGUCGCGUGCGCUGGCGCAGCCUAGCCUCAGCUACGGCUGCACAAACAACCGCAGCGCAGCAACCGGCGGGCGGAGCGGCUUGGCGGCGAGCGCUGACACAGAGGGGACGAGCGGCGCUGAGCGCAGCGCUGCGCUGCUGGCGGGGACGCCGGACUCGUCGUCGACGCCCGAGGCGGCAACCUUGGACGACACGCCCUCUGAUCUCACCUCGGACACCCCUAGCAGCUCGGCCGCGGGCACGCCGGCGGGCUGGUUGCCUGCCUGGGUCUCGCGGCCUUCAGCCGUAGCGCCCGCAGAGGGGCGCCGCAGCAGCUUGGCCCACGGGCUGCUGCGCCGGCAGACGCUGGUGCCCGGCCCCGCCAUGCGGCCAGAGGCGCUCGCGGCGCACGGCGCGGCCUCGGGGACCGCAGCCGACCAGCUGCGCGCCAGGCAGCGGCUGAGCAGCUUCUCGCUGCUGCCCCGCACAUCCCUGGGCGUCGGCGCCGCGGCGGGACGGCUGUCUGCCGCAGUCGAUCUGCAGCAAGCGGUGGCGGCGGCCGCCGCCACCGCGGUGGGCGGGCUGGGUGCUCGGCGAUCCGGGUCCCUGGCAAUGGCGGCCGCUGCAGGCGGCCGCUCGAGCUCCCUUGCAGGCGGCGGCGCACGGCCGUCGUCCGGCCGCGACUCGGUCGCGGGCGCUGCCGCCGGCCCGGCACGGUGGUCCGCCCGGGACUCCCUGGGAGUGGGCGCCCCUGCGACGGCCGCUGCGGCGCGGCGGUCGGCGGCGGCGGCUGCCCAUGCGGCGCACGCCGUGAUGGGCGGCGCGUCCCCGGGCCGGGGGGGCCUGCCGGGGGUCGUCUUGGAGGAGGAGGAGGCGGAGGCGGCGGCGGUCGAGGAGGAAGCUACGGAGCAGCUGUCCAAAUUGCUGCAGCAGCACCUGCAGCUGGCCGGGGUGGGCGAUGCGGACGCCGCGCAUAAAUCAAUUGAUGUGGAGGCGGGCUCAGAGGCGGAGGCGGCGGCGGGGGAGGUGGCAGGAGAGGGGGUGCCAGCGGAGCAGGCGGAAGGCGAGGAGGCGGUCGGGAACGCGCUGGAGCAGCUGCUGGCGGUGUGCGGCCAGGGGGGUGACGUGGCCGCCAUCCCCAGCGUGGAGGAGCUGCUGGGUGGCCUGCUGGACCUCAAAAGGGUGAGCUUGGGGCCCGGCAGUUGA